CUUUGAUCUUGAGCUCGUACGAACAAAACAGCAUUUGGUGCCCUUUUAUCCUCCAGUACACCUCCACCGGCAACCCGCAUUGCAAAUUUUUGUUUGGCUGCGAUGUGAGAUUGGUAAAAUGCUCAAAUACGUAGCACGGUUGGUAGGCGGCCGGCGGUGGGUGCAACCCAGACGCGACUUUUCGGCUUGUAGCCAGAAUCUGUAUCGUGUCACGUCACGCAGACUCGCCGAGGCGUCACCCAGAAUUAGCCUGCGCUCCUAUCAGGAGGAGUGCAUACAGGCUGUCCUUUCAUCCCUGGAGAAUGGACACAAGCGUAUUGGUGUAUCGCUAGCGACAGGCAGUGGAAAGACUGUUAUCUUCACACAACUUAUAGAUAGGGUGCCCCCUAUAUCAAAGACUGCCACACAAACAUUGAUCCUCGCGCAUAGGCGGGAACUCGUGGAGCAGGCUGCCCGACACUGUACCAAUGCGUAUCCAGACAAGACCGUCGAAAUAGAAAUGGGCUCGACCCAUUCGUCUGGUCUUGCCGACAUCACUGUCGCUAGUGUGCAGAGUAUCAUCUCUGGAGAUCGCAUGGCCAAAUUCGAUGCUUCACGAUUCAAGCUUGUCCUGGUUGAUGAGGCUCACCACAUCGUGGCUCCCGGGUAUCUCAAGACCCUUGCCCAUUUCGGCCUCGCUAGCAAGCAGCAGACCUCUCCGCACCUGGUCGGGGUGUCUGCGACAUUUUCUAGGUUUGACGGCCUCAGACUCGGCGCUGCCAUUGAUGAAAUCGUUUACCACAAGGACUAUGUAGACAUGAUUGGCGACAAGUGGCUCUCGGACGUCUUGUUCACGACGGUGGAAUCCUCUGCAGACAUAUCUAGAGCGAGGACGGGAGCCAACGCGGAUUUCUUGCCGUCUGAGCUUUCGCGCGCGGUCAACACGAACGAGGUGAACGAGAUCACAGUUAGGAGCUGGAUGGCAAAAGCACCAGGCCGAAAGUCAACUCUCGUCUUUUGUGUAGACCUUGCCCACGUAAACGGUCUGACACAAAAGUUUCGAGAAUUUGGGAUAGACGCUCGAUUUGUCACGGGAGACACGCACAAGGUGGAAAGAAGCGAGCGCCUAGAAGAGUUCAGGGCAGGGAAAUUUCCAGUGCUUGUCAACUGCGGCGUCUUCACUGAGGGGACCGACAUUCCCAAUAUCGACUGCGUGGUGCUGGCUCGGCCCACAAAGUCAAGGAAUCUUCUCGUCCAGAUGAUCGGAAGAGGAAUGCGACUACACCCUGGCAAGAAGAACUGUCAGAUAAUUGACAUGGUGUCAAGCUUGGAGACUGGCAUUGUCACCACCCCAACUUUGUUUGGCUUGGACCCUGGAGAGCUCGUGAACAACGCAACGGUUGAUCAGCUUCGCGACCUGCAAGAACAAAAGGCCGCCGAGGGAACAAAGACAGGCACGGCGAAUGAUUUAGGCCCUGCACACAAGAAACCGAAAAGCGUCAACAUAUCGUCGUUGGCUUUCACAGAAUACGAGUCUGUGCUCGAUCUGAUAUCAGACACCUCGGGAGAGAAGCACAUUCGCUCACUGAGCGAGUAUUGCUGGGUUGAAAUAGGACGUGAUCGUUAUGUUUUAUCCGGUCCCGGGGGGACGUUUCUCCGAAUCGAAAAGUUGGCCGCCGAGGCAGAGGGAUUCCCCAAAUUCCGUGCCGUCGAGGUUAGGGCGCUUCCCGUCGGGCUGUCCAAAUCGCCGUUUGCAGCACCCCGCGAGAUCCUCAAGGCAACGACGUUUGCGGAUGCGGUCCACGGUUGUGACAAAUACGCGUCCGAGAAUUUCCCUCACAUUUUCAUCUCAAGGAAGCAAAGAUGGCGCAAUGGUCCUGCCACGGCAGGUCAGGUCGAAUUCAUCAACAAGAUUAGGGGGCAGAACCAAGAACCCUUGACAGAAACCGAUAUCACCAAGGGUGCAGCGACCGACAUGAUCACCAAAAUCAAACAUGGCGCACGUGGACGGUUCGCCGAGAUAGGGGCAGAACGUCGCCGUCAGGAAAAACGUAAGCUAGGUUCUGAGAAGGAAGCUGAGCGCAAACUGCGUGAAGUGGUUUCUGUUGGGCCGGUGCCCAUGUGAUGUCCGGCAAAUGCCCACCAUUGUAUUAUUGUUCAGUGAGGAUUGUAAAAUAUUGUUUAUAUAGAAAGUAUUGGUCUCUGAACCACAGUUGUGUAUCUUAACUACCUUUUGUGUGUAAACAUGUCAUCUCUGAAAAUUGCUCAUGUCCGUAUCAGCAAGCAAAUACGAUACCAGUUCUUG